UCUAGUUUUAUUUUCGGAUUGCAUCUAUAUGCUGACAUCCUAGAAAUAUGUAUACUGAAUUACAAACAGUGGAGUUGUUGUCAUUGGAUUGUUGCGGGGGGUGACUCAUCAAUGCAAUGUCAAUAUCGAAAAUUUCUUUCUGAGUUUGUUCUAGGUUCCACUUGCUGAAUCGCCAGAAACACACCCUGGGAAAAAUGAACUUAAUCGUAAAGAAAGUCCUUUUAACGGACUUUUCAUCCGACGUUCCUCUUGAGUAACCAACAAGUUGGAUCGUUUGGAUAAAUCGAUCAUGAUGCGCUUGUCGACUCUAAGAUUGCAUUCCGUGGCAAAUAAUGCCAGAAAUGUUGUUCCUGUCAUGAAUCCGAGCUCUCGGAUGACGGGUGUGAUGCAUCGGAGCCUAUCACCGGCAGUACGAUCUUCCUGUAUCCAGGGCAAAAAGCGAACCGAGCCUCUGUUCCUCUCACGUUUCCGUUACUACAGCACAGAAUCCAUGGCACCACCUGUUCGGGUUCUCACAGUCGGCACUGGCGCCAUUGGUGCCAUUUACAGUUGGCGAUUAUCCAAGAAUGCUCAUGUUACCACGGUCUGUCGUUCCAACUACGAUGCUGUGCUUCGUGACGGUUUAAAGAUCGACUCAAAAAAGUUUGGUGGAGAGGUGUUCGUUCCUAACGAGGGUUGGUGCUUAUUCUUUUCUUUUCCGUUGCAAGCAUAUACAUUAGUAUGCAGUCAUUCAUGUCAUGCGGAAUGUUGUUUCAUAGUCGUCAAGUCCGUUCCUCAGGAAAAUUUUGAUUAUGUAAUGGUAUGCAUGAAAGCUUUGCCCGACGUUUAUGAUGUGGCGGAUAUCAUUGCCCCUGCCGUGACCAAGGGCAAGACGACUGUUGUUCUGAUCCAGAAUGGCUUGGGUGUCGAAGAGCCAAUUGUGGAACGCUACCCCGACAAUCCCAUCGUAUCUAUCGUUGCAUAUAUCGGUACAUCGCAGACUUCACCAGGUCAUAUCAAAAUGGUCGGUGACGAAACGUUGGUCGCUGGCAACUACAAGCCGUCGCCGGUCAAUUCCGACACCCAAAUAGAUGCAUUUGUAGACCUUUUGCGUAAAGGUGGUUGUACAGUAAACAGAGUUGACGAUGUUGAACAAGUUCGCUGGCAGAAAUUGUUCUGGAAUGGUGCAUUCUCACCUGUUUGCACCGUCGCUCGUAUGAACACUACCGAAAUCAUGAAAAGCCCAGAGGCAAUGACCACUGUAAAGAAGUUAAUGAACGAGCUAAUCGAGUCAUCCAAUGCUAUGGGAUAUAAAUAUGAUGCCGAAGAACAAAUGGAGACCAUGCUAGAACGAACUCGUGCCACUGCAAUGGAUUACAAGCCUUCUAUGCUUCUUGAUUUGGAACGGGGCCAACCGAUGGAAGUUAGUGUAAUCCUUGGCACGCCUUUGCGUCGUGCAAAGGCCAAGGGCUUGAAGGUCCCGAAUCUGGAAAUGAUGCAUGAUAUCCUCAUGGCUGUCCAAAAAACUAUCAAGAACUCGCCCGAACGGUUUCGAAACCUGGCAUCGCCGCUGACGGUGUUUUCGGGCAUCUGA